GGAGACAUGAUGACAGCGCCUUGCUGCAACUUGCAGCCUGUUGGUGAAGAGUAGUGACCGGGUCUGUCCCGCUGCAGCCAAGAGAGCAAGAUGACCGAGGCAAACCAGGAAAAAAAAAAACACGAGUGAGAGAGAAUCAAGGAGAGAGAGACUAGAAAAACUGAAACUAAUGGGGAACUCCUAUGCGGGCCAGCUGCGGACCACACGCUUUGAAGAGGUCCUUCAUAACUCCAUUGAGGCGUCACUGAGGUCGAACACUGUUGUGCCUCGUCCUGUCUUCUCACAGCUCUACCUCGAGUCAGAGCAGCUGUUGGCGCAUGAUGGCCGCACAGAGAAUGAUGAUGAGGAUGAUGAAGAUGGAUCUGAGUCUAACAGCCCUCCAAUACCCUAUCAGAUGAAGCCCCCACCUGAGGGAUGCUGCACCACAGAUGGCCUCUGUCAGGCAGGCAGAGACCUCCGUCUGUCCUCGCUGGCAUCAGACCCACUGGACGUGCCUCCAGGGUUCAUGUUGGUCGGGGUGAAGUCCCCGUCCAUCCCUGAGAACCUGCUUGUGUGUGCCGUGGACCGUCGCUUCCUGCCAGAUGAACGGGGUCACAAUGCACUGCUGGGCUUCUCUGGGAACUGUGUGGGCUGUGGAGAGAAAGGCUUUCGCUAUUUCACGGAGUUCUCCAACCACAUAAACCUGAAGCUCAGCACCCAGCCCAAGAAACAGAAGCACUUGAAAUACCAUCUGUACCGAAACAACCAGGGCGUGCUGGUCAAAGGAGCUCCCAUCUGCUGGAGGGGAUACGAUGGCAGGACGAGACAGAUGGGGUCCAGCCUCUCAGAAGGCCAUGUGACAUCAGAUGAACAUCCACCAAACAUGGCACUGACUCACCCGUCACAAACACCUGGCAGCUACACAGCAGGAUCAGGAUCACACGUAGACCAAAUUGGUCUGCCACAAAUAGCUGACGUCCCCCACUCGUUGACAAAUGGCAACCACGCUGUUCCUUCAGUCACCCAGCCUCAGCCUCAGUCAGGACCUGGGAGACCCUCAGCUACAGGCACCCAUACAAAUACUGGACCUCCAAAAAAGAGACACAAAGGCUGGUCGCCUGAGUCAUCUGCCAACAGCCUGCCGGAGAGCACUGGGAAGACACCACCGUCUUCAUCAGUCUUAACAACGUUAUCGGUGCCCUCUGUCAUCACAACUGGAGCAAGAUCAGAGACUGCUGCCCCGCUGAGUUCAUCGCAGGGGUCCGUGACCCCACUCGCUCCCCCAGGGCUGUCUGUAACAAUCCCUGAUCAGCUGCUACACACCUGCAGACUACAACCUGUCAUCUUUAAAGGACACGGCCCACUCCCGCAGCUGACUGGCAAUGUCAGUGAAGUGCUCGUCAGUUCUCUCCUCCAGAGUUGUUACCUGAGCUCCCAGACACUCCCCAGAGUCUACCAGCACUAUGGACCUUCACCCAUUCAGCCACUGUCAACUGAGAUGCAGAUUCUACUCACUGUCUACUACCUUGUUCAGCUAGGCCCUGACCAGGUGCCCCUGAUAGAGGACCUGGAGCAGAUAUUCAUGCGGUCAUGGAGGGAGUCCCACCUCAGCGAGAUCAGACAGUACCAGCAGCCUCAAACACCAGCCACCCAAGGGAGGCACUAUGGCAUAGAUACACCAUCAACUCUGCCUGGACUCCCCCAGCAUCUGUCCUUACCUCCCCAGAGCCAUCAACCCCUGACCCCCAGCCAGCUUCCCUGGCUUGCCCAGCUGGCUGCGUCAUCCUGUGGCGAGGGUGUGGUGGUGUUGGGGGAGCAUAUUGGAUCUUUGGCUCAAGGCAUCCAGCAGACGUUCAGCAGGUUAAUGGAAGGACGACUUGACAACACUAACUAUGUGGUCAUUAUUGUCACUGCGCCUGGUCAGGAAACACAGUCCUGUGUGGUCGUCACAGGUAAACAUCAGUGUCGUGCCUUAGCAGAGAGUAUGUUCUCCCCUAAUGAGGGCCUGAAAGAAAUCAACCACCAGCUCUCCACUGGUGUUGCCCAGGAACUCAUACACUACUGCAACUCCCUCGGACAAGAUGGUGAUAUGGACUCCCUGCUGGAUAGUGCUACUGUGGACAGCAGCGAGCCAUCUCCCUUAUCCAGCAGUCAGGAGUCAUCUGAAGAGAGGAGUCUCAAAACCACACACAGUCCAAAGGAUUCCCAGACACAGUGUCCAAAAGAUUCACCCAGCCCUAAAGAGAGAGCUUCAAGUCCCAAAGACACCUGUUCAGAAUACUCCGUAGAGUGGCGUGAGGUUCGGCCCAUCCAGCUCGCAGUCGCCAGGAAGCUGCUGUCGCAUGUUUGUGCCAUAGCAGACUCCAGCACACAGAACCUGGACCUCGGCUCCUUCGACAGAGUCAGCUUCCUCAUCCUGGUCCCGCCCUCCGAGGUCACAUUUCAGCAGACUGUUCGCCAUCUCUGGAGCUCUGGUGUCCUCCAGGAGCUUGGGAGUUUAGACCAGGACUGUGUGUCUCAACGGGAGGCUGAGCGCUACGUGGUCAAGAUGGAUCAGUGCGCUCAUGCCCGAAUUGACAGCCUCAUCCAGGAGGCAUACAGCAACUCCUACACACUCUACAUCCUGGUCCAUGACCACGCCCACUGCGACAUUAACAGUGCAUCCUGCAGUAGCUCAGACAGUGGUUUGGGUCUGGUGGACCAACUGUUAAACUCCCGACAGGUCCGAGAUUCUCCAAACAUCCUAAUUCUCCACGUCACCUCCUUCCCCUUCGCCCUACAGACACAGUACACUCGCAUCAGCCCCUACAAUGAGAUCCACUGGCCCUCUGCAUUCAGUAAUGAUGUGGACCUGUAUCAUGAGAGGACGCGGUACUUUGGCGUGUCAGAGCUUUUAGAGUCGACCCGUUCAGGGAGCAGCCUGCCUCUGAUGCGUUAUGACUCCUCCUUUGAAAGCAUGGCGUCUGCUCUGGAAGAAAGGUUCCCUAAAUUGCACAGCGCUGUGAUCCGGACUACAGUUCUGAUCCAACACUACUGCAUAGCUCUGAUGGCAGCAUCCGGAAGAAUCAGCGGCUCCCAAAAUCUCCACAAACACAGCUCCGUGGAGACCCUGGAGAUUGUACAAUCACUGCUUAAUGCUGCCCAGCAAUGUCCCGCCCACCACGGUCACAUGGUCUUGCUGCGGAUCCCCUCUUUGGCUCUGGCAGCAUGGGCCCACCGACGGCUGUCCAGAGUUAGGAGGCAGCUGGGUCUGGAGGAAAGCUUCGAAAUCAUACUGGGGAAUCCAAACCAAGCUCUCAAUAUUGGACAGAGCUUCACUGAUCAGAUCAAGACAUGGCUAAAGAUCCAGGAUGCUGACUGGGUUCCUCAGAGCUACCUGGAGUUGGAGGCCCUUCCCUGCAUCCUGAUCCUGUCAGGAGCUGAACCACUGGGAGAGUCACUGCCCAGGUCAUUGAAGUACUGCGAUCUUAGAGUGAUAAACUGCUCCUACCUUCAGCGAACCACACUCGAACAAGAGCUUGGACUGGCUGCUUAUCUUGUGCGAGCAGAGUCACGACCCCCACACAACCCUGGACCAGGGAGUGACUUAUUGGAGAGCGAUGCAGAGAAACUCAGCAGCACUGACAAUGAGGAGGAAGAGGGACAAGAGAAUGGGGACUCCCCUCUGUCUUCCAGCCAGCAGCUCCAGUCGUGCCCAGACAGUGGAGCUUUAGAUCCCUUCCCCACUCAAAGCACUGCCUCUCCAAAUGUCCAGAAAGGGACCAUGGACACCAUACAAAAUCCCUCACAAUCACAGACUCAACUUCAACCCCAGCCCCCAUCUCAGUCUUUUCCAUAUCCUCAACCUCCACUACACCACCAAACCCAGCCUCAAGUGCAGAGUUAUUCCCAGGCCCAAACAACCUCCCAGCUACAACCACAACCACAAAUUCAUAGUCAAAAUCAGCUGUUAUCUCAGACAAACUCCUACCCUCAACCUCACCCCCCUGCGCAGUCUCACCGCCAGCACUCCAAAUCCACCUCCUCUGGCUCUUUGUCCCCACGGGCCUCAUCGCCUCACCUCAGCUGCUCCUGGGCGCGGGGGGUGAGUCGCCCGCCUUCUGUGCUGCUCCCCCGUGCCCUCUAUGAAAUCAUCACAGCUAGUGACAGCAGCGGGCUUCCAAGAUGUACUUCCUUCCUGCCACAUAUGUCUGUCGCAUGGGCAAGCAGCUUCAGGCCCUUGCUGAGUAAGAUGAUGACAUGUACAGAACAGUCACUGUACUAUCGCCAGUGGACAAUCCCCCGCUCCUACCACAUGGACAGCAGCAACCGCACCGAAGGACGAAGUGACAACUUUCACCCUCGUAGGCUGCUGCUCAGUGGACCCCCACAGGUGGGUAAGACAGGAGCGUACCUGCACUUCCUGGGUAUUCUGUCCCGAAUGUUGAUCAGGCUGAUGGAGGUCGAUAUCUACGAUGAAGAAGACAUCAACUACAGUGCCCAGGCAGAGGGGGUGCAGUACCACCCUCCCAACACCUCCUGGCCAAACCCAGACAUUAUGAAGACGAUACCCUUUGACUACACCAUCCAUGACCCCAAAUAUGAUGACAUCAGCUCUGUCUAUAGCCCUGGAUAUAAACCCAGUGCUGAGGGAACGGCUGUUCGUCAGGAGGAUGUGUACCUACGCAGACGGACAUCUAGGAUCAAGCUGUCUAAAUAUGCAGCCUACAACACCUACCACCACUGUGAACAGUGUCAUCAGUACUUGGGCUUCAAUCCCAGAUAUCAGAUGUAUGAGUCAACACUGCAUGCCUUCACAUUCACCCAUCUGCUACUUGGGGAAGAGAUCCAGCUGUACUUCAUCAUCCCAAAGUCUAAGGAGCACUACUUCAGCUUCAGCCAACCAGGAGGCCAGCUGGAGAGCAUGCGGCUGCCACUCACAUCUGAUUGGAGCCCAGACUGCAUCAAGAGUCCAAUCUUCACCCCGACAACUGGCCGUCAUGAGCACGGCCUGUUCAACCUGUACCACGCUAUGGACGGAGCCUCACAUCUACACAUCCUGGUGGUCAAGGAGUAUGAGAUGGCUGUGUAUAAGAAGUACUGGCCCAACCACAUCAUGCUGGUACUGCCCACUGUCUUCAAUGGAGCUGGAAUAGGUGCUGCUCACUUCCUGAUUAAAGAGCUUUCGUAUCAUAACUUGGAGCUGGAGCGCAGUCGGCGUGUGGAGGGAGGAGGCCCAGCCGGUGACGUCUGGCCCUUCAUCAUCCUGGCUGAUGACUCCUGUGUUAUGUGGAACGCAGUGGACCUGGACGCACGCAACGGUCCAGUGGAGCAUGCUGUGUCACUGAAGCAGGUGUUACAGCACAUGGAGGCCUGUCCAGACCUGGCUCACCACGGACUCUGUGGGAUCAGGAAGUGGAGCAGCCGUGGACUAACAGGUAACAAACAGAGGGAGCCCUUCUCCAGAGGUCACCUUCAUGACUUCCUCCUCCUUAAUGUGGACCGGAGUCAGAACAUCCAGUACGACCAGAACCGCUUCACCUGUCACGACGUGGACUUCACCCUGAGGCUACACAGCGCUGGACUGCUCGUCUGCCGGUUCAACAGCUUCAGUGUCAUGAAGAAGCAGAUCGCCAUCGGUGGAUACAGGACAUUUAUCAUCAAGACCAAGAUGACAGAUGUUCCCACCUCAGUGGGGCCCUCGCAGUACGUCUGCGCUCCAGACAGCAAGCACCUUUUCUUGGCUACACCAGCUCAGCUUCUGCUGGAAAAAUACCUCCAGCACACCAGCCAGAAGCUGUUUCCACUCAGCACCAAGAACUACACACACCCUGUACUCUCUGUUGACUGUUACCUCAACCUGGGACAUGAGGUGACGGUGUGUUUUGUGAGUUCCAGACCUCAUUCCGUCAACAUCAGCACCACAGGGCUGCUGUUCAGUGGCCUUCUCCUCUGUUUCGCCGACUCCUUUGUGACUCCCGGCUUCCUCAAGAAGUUCUCUUUCCUCAAAGGUGCGACUCUGUGUGUCAUCAGUGCAGAUCGUAGCUCCUUGAGGCAGACGGUGGGCAGGCUGGAGCUCGAGGAGGAGUGGAGAUUCAGGCUCAGCGACGAAUUCCAGACUGCCAACGCCAAGGAGGACCGGCCGCUCUUCUUUCUGACUGGAAAACACAUAUGACUGAAACACGUCUAUCAGUCAGAAUCAUGAGUGAAAUCACUUCAGUUGCAAAAGAGAAGAAAUGCAAUGAAUGUUUUUUUUAACUAACUUGGGUUCUGAAUGGACAAUGCAACAUAUGCAAAAGACAGUAAAUGAUGCAUAUAAUGCUACAUAAACGUUGUCGAUGGAAUAUAAAACACAAACCGUAUUUUGGAGGUGAGGUCCCGGUCUAGGCUGCCAAAAUCAAGAAGGACACGUUCUUCCAGUAAAGACUUUCAUCUUUGAGGAUCAGUUCUGGGGAAGGAAACAAGAGGAAAUCGUUUUUAAAUCUGUUUUUAUCUGGGCUUUAUUUAGGUGAGGUUGUACUCUGAAUGAGCAAAACAUUGAUGAGGAAACAUUCAGACCAUCUUUAGGAGGCUCUGUCUGGUCACACAAUGGUACUGUUUGUAUUUAGUGUGUUUUACGUUACACUCCAUGAAUUAUGAGAGUAUUUUUUUGAUCCACUCAAACUAAGAUUAAAAAACGCACAUAAUCUAAAGAAAAAAUACAAAUUGUAGAAUAGUAUGGUAUUAAAAAGAUAAAAGGAUUCAUCUUGUAAACAAUACAGUGUAUUCAAAGGUGAAAGGUGAAAUGACUGCAUUUCUUCUCCUUGCUGCUUUCCGUAUGUCUUCACCUGUGUUUGCAGGUUUGGCUGUGUUCAAAUCGUUAUAGAACUAUCACAGAGUUCUGCACGCUCCCCUGCAGGUGCACACAAUAUGAGACGCUUUAAAAAAAGGUAGACACAAUCAUAUGUGUGCAAUGGUAGCCGAUUUUGGUGACAAACAUUUUAUUGGACGAUUUUACAGGUUUGUCUUGCAUGUCUGUUUUUACAUAUGACUAUUUUGAAUAUAUUUUGUCAGCAUGUAAAAAAAAAGUAUUCUUUUUGUAUGUAGAACAUUUGUUAUGCUCAGUAGACGGUGUGUUGAUUUUGUUGGUAACUUUGUGUUGGCCGCGUGUCACAAUGUUCACGUCUGUUUGCCUUUAAUUGUAUAAAUGUACAGACAUUUUACAUUUCUUUUGUGUUUCGUGUUCAUAUGUUCCUUGUAUUUAUAUUUCGAACACGGAACUGGACGGAUCGUACUGAUCUCUCUGAACUUCACAAUCCACAGAUGGUUCAAACACUUUGGAUCCUGGAGGUUUGCAGCUGAACGGGAGCUUGCUGUAACUGUCAAUGUAAAUUAAAAACAGGCCAGACGCAAAGUU